GAAAAGAAAAAAAAUCCUGGGUUUUUCUCUUUUUGAGAAAUGGAUGAAUCUGUUCGUCUCGUUAGAUCAUUUUCUAACCCGGCACAGGUUUCUCGUGAAAUUCAAGAGGGUGACCCGAUUCAUGACGCGGUGCGUGUUCUUACAGAAUCGAUUUCUUUCGGCAGAUUUGUGUCGGAACCGCUGGCAUGGGAAAAAUGGUCGACAUUUUCUCACAAUCUUUACUUGGAAGAAGUCCAAAAGUCGUCGAAACCGGGUUCUGUUGCUCAAAUGAAGGCUUUUUUCGAAGCUCAUUACAAGAGAAGAGCUGCAAUGAGAGCAGCGGCUUUGCUUGAACAAGCCAACAUUGUGACCAAUGAUGCCUCUCAAAUGGGAACUAUAAAUACAGCUUCGGUCGAGCAUUUGUUAAAUGAGGAUUUAGCCAAUUCGAACACAUCUUCGACUGUAUCGGAGAAAGAUGUUUCUGAUUCUGAGAUAGCUGAUAAUGCCUGUGUAGAUGCAGGCAAUCUUAAUGUUGUAAGAGAAAAUGAUGUUGCCGACAUGGAACAAGGUCCGAAAGUGAUGGAAGAAGAUGUGAAUUUGGAGGAAUGCCAGCAGGUUGAGAAUUCAAACGCAUUCAAAAAUGGUAACAUCCGUGACAAAAUUAUGGCAACCCCAAUCAUUCCCCCAAAGAAAUGUGAUGACCCGAAGACCUCGACUUCAUCAUGUAAGAAAAGAACAAAUUCUUUGUCAAAGUCAUUGCUCCCUGGUAAAGCAUCCAAAUCUCCAUUACCUCCUCCUAAACGACUGGCUUCGGGACAAGCCAUGAAUGAUGCUGAUGUUGCCAAGUCCACCGGAAACUCAAAUGACAAGAAGAAAACAAUUCCGAAUCUGCUCCACAUGUCAUUAAAUUUUCUUCCAACGCUGGUAAAACUAAUAGACCAUCAGUAAAAAUGUCAAG